CGGCCGCCUCCCUGCGCCCCGCCCCACGGGCUUGCUCGGUGGCUCCGGCUCCUCCCGACUUCUCCCGGCUCCUCCCGGCUGUCUCCCGGCUCCCUCCGGCUUCGGCUCCGGCGCAGCGGCGGCGGGCAGUUGCAGUGGUGCAAAAUGGCUGACCUCAGUCUUGCAGAUGCAUUAACAGAGCCACCUCCAGAAAUUGAGGAAGAGAUAAAACGGGACUUUAUUGCCACGCUGGAGGCAGAGGCCUUUGAUGAUGUUGUGGGAGAAACUGUUGGAAAAACAGACUAUAUUCCUCUCCUGGAUGUUGAUGAGAAAACCGGGAAUUCAGAAUCAAAGAAGAAACCAUGCUCAGAUACUAGCCAGGUUGAAGGUACUCCCUCCAAGCCAACAGGGCUAGCCAAUGGUGACCAUGGAAUAGAAGGGAAUGAAACUACGGGUUCUCCAACUCCAUUUCUUGAAGAGAAGAUGGCCUACCAGGGAUAUCAGAACAUCCAGAGCUGGCCAGAAAAUACAAACUUUUGCUUUGAACCAGAACAGUUGGUGAAUCCUACCCAGACUGAUCCCUUUAAGAUGCACCAUGAUGAUGGCCUGGAGGAUUUUCUCUUUCUCCCCAGUGGAACAACCAAUACUUCAGGAUUUGUAGAACGAAAUGAUCCCCCGCAAGACAGUUAUGGUCUCUUUCCCUGUGACACCUUUACUCCUGCAGCUGUCGUACCUCAGGGGUGGCCUGUGGAAGCCCCAAACUCUCCAUACUCGGAAUCCUUCAUUUUGCCAGAGGCCGUACCACAACCUCUGCAGCCCACAGCAGAGCUAGCCAAAGAGGUAGAAGUGACAUCAGCAGAAGAGAGGGCACCAGCAGAAGCAUUGGAAAUCAUGAUGGGACUGAAGGCUGCUGACAUGGCCCCAUCUAGAGAAACAGAGACGUCUCCAGCCAAGGACAUGGCACCAGCCACAGAAACAGAGGUGGCAUUGGCUAAAGACCUGGAACCAUCCACCAAAUCAGAUGUGACAGUGGCUGAGGACGUGGAAUCAUCUAUCAAAUCAGAUAUAGUCAAGGACAUGAUACUACCCAGAGAAGCAGAAGAAGCCCCAGUUAAGGGUGCUGUAUUGUCUGCAGAAACUGAUGUAUCUUUAGCCAAGGACAUGGUACUGCCCACAGAAACAGAGGUAGCCCCAGCCAAGGAUGUAUUACCAUUCAAAGAAACAGAGAGGGCCCCACCUGUAAGCCCUAUAAAAAUGGAUGUGUCCCCAGAUGAGGGCAUGGUACCACCUACAGACAGAGAGAUGGCCCCAGCCAAGGGUGUGGUAUCUCUCUCAGAAAUAGAAGUGGCACUGGCUAAGGAUGUUGUAUCAUCUACAGAAAUGUCCCCAGCCAAGGAGGUGGCCUUAUCCCCAGACACAGAGGUGGCCCUGACUGGGGACAUGGUGCUGCCUCUAGAAGCCAAGGUGAUCUUGACCGAGGAUGUGGCACUGCCCCCAGAAACAGAGGUGGCCCCGUCCAAGGAUAUGGCUCCACACCCAGCUGCAGAAAAGGCACCAGUGAAGGAUGUGGCUCCAUCCCCAGAACCAGAGUUGGCCCUGGGCAAGGAUGUGCUUUCACCUACAGAAACAGAGAUGGCCCUGGAUAAGAAUGUGGCUGUACCCCCAGAAACAGAAGUGACCCCGGUCAAGGAUGUGCCUCUGCCUCCAGAAACAGAGUUAGCCCUGGCUUCGAGAGUGGCUCCACCCCUUGGGACAGAGGUGACUCUGGCCAACAGUGUGAGUCCAGCCCAGGUUGCUACAUUGCUCUCAGAAACAGAGGUGGCACCGACUCCAGUUAAGGAUGUGCAUGCUGCAGGGACAUGGGAAGAAGCAGAGGAGUCCCAGUUAAAAUCUCUCAAGAACGAGGGGCAGUCAGCUGCAUCUACCUUGAUCGUGUCUCCAGAACCAGUCACAGCUGUGGGGCAAAAGUCCACCUUGCCAGCAGAUGACGAUUCUGUGUUAGAGAAACAAGAGCAAAAGAAACCAUUCAGUAGUCAACCUUCUGAACUUCCUUCCGAGACCUCGGGUAAUCCCUGGUUUUGUGGUACCCCUCCCACACAAGGCAAACAAGUGUACAGACCUAGUGACCGCAGGUCCACUCGGCCCAGGCCUGCCAGGGUCCCUCCUGAGCUGCUGGGAGGCUCUUCUCCACAGAAGACUCUCGAUACUGGGCUGGGCCCCUGCUCUUUGUCUGAAUUGGGUUGGGUCUCUGGUCCGUCUACCUAUGGUGAGCCUGGGAACCAAAGGAAAACUACUCAUCUUGACUUCCUUGAACCCAAGCGAGAUCUUGGCAGGGAGGCCUGGGAUAUAGAGAGCCCACCAAUGAUGAUGAAGAAAAAAAAGAAGAAACCAAAGCAAAAAAGAUAUUCUCAGCCCCGGACUGGGGGACCUUGGGAUGAUGACAGUGCAGAUGACCGUAAAGGUCAUCCCUUUGUAGCAGACCCACAGAAAUCAGGGGUUCUCCCCAGCCUGCCUACCCCUGUGGGCACGGAAUAUGGACUGGCAUCCAGAGAAAACUUAAAAAAGGAAUGUGAAGUGGAGUCCAGAGCCACCAAACUGAUAGCAGAAAACUUUGUCUCAGAAAGUCUCAGCGUGCCUUUGUGUCCUUUGGAAGAAUCCCUGAAAACUGCAGGAAGUUCUCAGCCCAAGACGGGAAUACACGGGAAAGUCGGUGGUAACAAGGCAAUACCACUGGGCCAGGACCAGAAAUGGCUACAGCCAGGUGAAGGCAAACCAGAGCCUGCACCCCACCUAAAGAGUCCCAUGGAUGAAAACCGGACAAUGGGCUCGUCUGUUCUGAAAGGACCCCAGACAGAAGUAUCUGCACACAAAAUAGAAAUUCCUUUGGAGAUCAGGCCCAAAGAGGGUUGCUCUCCUGUCUUGUACCAAGAGGCCAUGGGUGGGGUUUCAAAACCCAUAGCCGCAAAAGAACUGCCUUAUCCGGUCCCCACUUUGCCAACAGGUACCUCAUUAGGAAUUAGUCCAACAGAAGCGAAUGAUGAAAGCAAAGUGACUAAAUUGCAGAAAGGCAGGCAGGCAGGAACUGAAGGAACUAAAGAGGUUAAAGGAACUGAAGAGAUUAAAGAACUAACAAAGGAAGCUCCUCCCAAGCCAGGUCAGGAGACAAGCAUUUUGGCUUCCAAGCAGUCGCAGGAUGAGGUGUUGAGGCCUGGGCUGGAGAAUCCGCCAUCUCAGAGAACAGGAGGGGAUGGCAGAAACAGGAAGGCAAGGGCAGUUACUGGGAAAGUGAGAACCAAUUCUGGGAAGGGAAGAGCAAGAUCUGAGCCCCCAUUUCUUACAGACAGCUGGAAGGAUGGCCCAGCUGUUCUCGGGCCAAGUGAGGUGGCCCCUAAAACCGUAAGAACGCCUGCUGGGGAGAAGAGUGAGGAGCUGGGUUCUUCAAAGCAACCAGGGACCCCAGUGAGUCUCACGGAGGCUAUGGAGAUGGGUGAUACGAGGGGGCCCAGCGCCUCGCACAUGCUGGUUCCUUUGGGAAGUGAGUCAGGCACGACUCAGACUUCUGGCUCUAGAACAGAAAGGGGGGCCUCAGCUGUAGAUAGGGGUGUCAGUAACCAGAGCAAGGAAGGAGCGUGUCCUUGGAUGGGUAGUGAGGCAGCUCCAUGGAUUUCUGAAAAGCCUAAAAAAAGGGGUAGUGAGGGCAAAAACAAAAAGUUCAAAAAUAAUUAUUCCACACAGCCUGCUAGAAUGGAGAACAAGGAAGAAACCCCCAACCCACCUUCUGUAGGGAAGGAUAGAGAUGCUGGGAGUACUCCUCAUCCAAACAAGGACUUAGGACUCUCUUCCCCCUUAAAUCAUGAUCCCUUGUCCUCCUGUCCAUCAGCUCUUCCCACAGUGGAAGUAGGUGAACGGAAGGGGAGGAAUGAUGAGGUUAAUUCUUUUGAGCUUGGGGCUCUUGGUGGGAACAAGACAGACAUAGUCAAGGACGCUGCUGUUACUGAACCAGCUACCAAGGUGACAGAUGUGAGCUGCCAAGACCAAAUCCAGGGGGCAGGAUUUGUCCCUGCAGUACUGUCUGCAGAGAAUAAGACAGAUGCAGCCAAGGGACAUGCUGCAGUGGCUGACAAACCAAAUGAAAGGAGCAAUGAUGGAAAAAGUAAAAAGGUUAAAAAUAGUUUUCCAGAGAAGCAUCUUCUGGAGAAUACGAUAGAUGCAUCAAAAAUACACGUUCCCAUGGAAACCACUGGGGACCACAGAACUGAAGGAAUGGGCUAUGUGGACGAAAAUAGAAAUAUCACAUUUACCUGCCCCAGAAUGCUCCCAGGGUUGAUGAAUAAGUCAGCCCCUCCAGAGGCUCUGGAGUCAGCAGCCCGUGAAGGACCGCCCGCUUCUGCUUCUCAAGUAGUAAAGGAGGGUGAAUCUGUUCCAAAGCCCUUGGCAGAAAGUGGGCAAGAGACAACUCCAGCCCAGUUGUCCAAAUUAUUAGUGGUAGAUAAUUGCAGCAGAGAUGGAGUCCCAGCUCAGGAAAGACCCAAGGCCCCCUCUGCUGUCACACCUUCUGCAAGCACAGGAGGAGAGGUUGCCCUCACUCUCACAGCAGCUGUAGACACCGUUAACAGCCAGGGAGGUAACACUCUGAAGAAUAAAGGUGAGCUUGCUGGUCCCCUGAGGACUGAAGCAGGGAUAAAUGGAGGAUCUGGGAAGGGAGGCUCUGAGUCAGUGCCCAGGGCUGCAUCUCAGCAUUUGAUAGAAAAAAUCACAGAGGUUGCAGAGAGACACCUUUCUGGAAUGCCAGUAGAAGACCAGAGCGUACAAGGUGAGGGCAGAGUCCUAGAAGCAUGUGCAGAUAGGAAUAAUUUUCCAACACACCCAGUUAACAAAAAGAAAGAGUCUGAGGAAGGUUCUGCUCCAGUUCCGAUUCCUGACUUACUGGGAGACAAAGCACAAAAGCCCAGUUUCUCUGAGGACCAAAAUGCUGACAGUCGAGAUUCCAAGGACCCAGACAGUUUGAAUAAGGAGGUAGAUAGAGCCCUUUUGCCUCCAACAAGUGAAAAAAAGAAAGUGGAAGAAGUUAGCCUGGCUUCUGAAAUCACUGAAUCCGGACAUAUUUCCGUGGCCACACCAGAAUUUGAGUCAGAUUUGUUAGAUGGCAGGGCUGCAGCUACUCCAUCGCCGGCGGUAGAUAAGUUGGUAGUGCCUCCUCCCAAGGAUCCUGAACUCCCAGAACCCAAGGAUAAGAUCGCAGAGGCCCCUGACAAAAUGACUGAAAAGUCUGAGCGGAAGGCACCAGGAGAAGGCAACAAGGAAGAUAAAAGCAGAGUGGCCGAGCCACUGAAAGGCUACAUGAGACCUACCAAGUCCCGAGGCCUUACUCCACUUUUGCCGAAGUCGACCGCCCAGGAACGAGAGAGAGCCAGACAACUGAAGUCCGGCGUCUGCCUCCCUCUAUCACCCUUCUUCCAGCAGCUGGGAAUGUCAGUUUAUGGAAUAAGUAAGCCAGAAGAAGGCCGGCCUGCGGGGAGUGUGACCGGAAAUGACAUCACCGCCCCUCCAAACAAGGAGCUCCCACCAAGCCCAGAGAAGAAAACAAAGCUUUUGGCCACCACUCAACCUGCAAAGACUUCAACAUCGAAAGCCAAAACUCAGCCCACUCCUCUCCCUAAGCAGUCGGCUCCCACCACCUUCGGUGGGUCGAAUAAAAAACCUAUGAGCCUCGCUGCAGGCUUAGUGCCGGCUGCCCCACCCAAACGCCCUGCCGCCACCACUGCCAGGCCUUCCACCUUACCUGCAAAAGACGCAAAACCCAAGCCUGCUGCAGAGACAAAGGUUCCUGAGAAACGAACCUCACCAUCCAAGCUGGCCUCUGCUCCAGUCCUGAAGCCUGGCUCCAAGAGCACCCAGACUGUUACAAAAGCCUCAGCCGCUGCCAGUCCUGCCUCAGCUGGGCCAAGCAGUCGAAGCCCCCCAACGCCUGUGCCCAGGAGGCCCACCACUGACUUGAGUCGCUCCAAGAACACGUCCACCAGCUCCGUGAAGAAAAGCACCACCGUCCCUGGGGCCGCCCCCGUGGCAGGGGUGGCUCCCAGCCGAGCCAAGCCCACAUCCACCCCGCCCCGCCCCUCAGGGACGCCUUCCUCAGACAAGAAGCCCACAUCAGCCAAACCCAGCUCCUCUGCCCCUAGGCUGAGCCGCCCGUCUACCAGCGCUUCUGCCCCUGAUCUGAAGAAUGUCCGCUCCAAGGUUGGCUCCACAGAAAACAUCAAACAUCAGCCUGGAGGAGGCCGGGCCAAAGUAGAGAAAAAAACAGAGGCAUCUGCUCCGGCUCGAAAGCCUGAACCUAACGCAGUCGCUAAAACAGCUGGUCCCAUUGCGAGUGCGCAGAAACCACCUGCUGGGAAAGUCCAGAUAGUCUCGAAAAAAGUGAGCUACAGCCAUAUUCAAUCCAAGUGUGGUUCCAAGGACAAUAUUAAGCAUGUCCCUGGAGGUGGUAAUGUUCAGAUUCAGAAUAAGAAGGUGGACAUCUCUAAGGUCUCCUCCAAGUGUGGGUCCAAGGCCAACAUCAAGCACAAACCUGGUGGAGGAGAUGUCAAGAUUGAAAGUCAGAAGUUGAACUUUAAGGAGAAGGCCCAGGCGAAGGUGGGAUCCCUCGAUAAUGUGGGCCACCUGCCUGCAGGAGGUGCCGUGAAGACUGAGGGCGGUGGCAGCGAGGCCCCUCCGUGUCCGGGCCCCCCCGCUGGGGAGGAGCCGGCCAUCCCUGAGCCAGUGCCCGAAGCUGGCGCCCCCACUUCAGCCAGUGGCCUCAGUGGCCACACCACCCUGGCAGGGGGUGGUGACCAAAGGGAGGCCCAGACCUUGGACAGCCAGAUCCAGGAGACAAGCAUCUAAUGAUGACAUUCUGGUCUCGUCUUCCAUCCCCUGUGUUCCCCCUCUUGUGUCCCUUGUUCCUCCCUCCCUUCCCUCCUCCCGUGUCACUGCAGAUUGAGACCUACAGGCUGACGUUCCGGGCAAACGCCAGGGCCCGCACCGACCACGGGGCUGACAUUGUCUCCCGCCCCCCCUACUUCCCUGGC